GGCGAUCGCGGAUCCGUCAGUACUGAGGUGCCCGCGAGCGAGGCGGCACGUGCGGUGCGCGCCUCGCGUUGUUGCAUUGUUUUGGCUGUGUUCACCAUUGUUUUAUUCCAUCCGACCACAAUCAAUACUACUUUGAAGUGAAAUUAGUCGGCCUACAUACAUAUUUAAGAUUUUUGUACUGAUGUUAUGACAAUAUUAUACAUUAUCUUAGAUAAGUACCUGAGUGACUUAUUGACAAGUGAAACGCUCGGUUCUCCCGUUCAUAUAUCACGGUGGUUUGUGUUUUGCUAUUGAACCUCUAAUUUGAAGUUUAGUGAUCACAGGAAGAGAGGAAGGCAUGCAAAUCAAUAACCGAGUGGAUGUCAAGCAGAGAGAAACUGAGAGCACUUACCGUGCGGUUUACACCACGGUUGCAUAUUGAUUGGACCUACCGUGACCAUAAAGAGCUGUAAUAACAUCACGAUCAGACUUCUACGGGGGGCUUACCAAGUCUAAGGAUUAUAAUAUUAUUCAUUACAAAAUAAAGUCAUUCACAAUGUUGCGGUCAGACGAGAGUAUCAGAUAGUGGUCUCUUCUGUUCGCAGUAUGGGUGCAAAUAUGGGCAAAAACUCGAGCUUGCUCGAUGCACUGCCUUCCACGCAGGGCACGCUGCACGUCGUCAUGCUAGGCCUGGACUCCGCCGGCAAAACCACUGCUCUCUACAGGCUCAAGUUCGAUCAGUACCUCAAUACGGUCCCCACUAUUGGUUUUAACUGCGAGAAAGUUAAAGGCACCAUUGGAAAGUCAAAAGGUGUCAACUUUCUUGUGUGGGAUGUCGGCGGUCAGGAAAAAUUACGACCACUAUGGAAAUCCUACACGAGGUGUACGGAUGGCAUCAUAUUUGUCUUAGAUUCUGUAGACGUAGAGAGGAUGGAAGAGGCUAAAAUGGAGCUUAUUAGAACUGCAAAAUCGCCAGAUAACACCGGUGUACCGAUACUGGUACUUGCAAAUAAACAAGAUUUACCGGGAGCUAAAGAGCCCCGGGAGUUAGAAAAACUAUUAGGACUUCACGAGUUAGUUUCUUCCCCGCACGGGUCUCGGGAUGCCCAUUCGUGGCACGUUCAACCAGCGUGUGCUAUCACUGGAGAAGGUCUACACGAAGGCCUCGAAGCUUUAUAUGAAAUGAUACUCAAAAGAAGAAAACUUGCGAAAUUACAAAAGAAACGAGUUAGAUAAACAACUCAUAUACGGCAGAAGUUAUAUGGUAAAAGUUUGUUUAUCAAUGUCCUAAUCGAUAAAGCUACGAUACCGUUUGAGGUAUGGAUACUGCUAACGUUGUCCACGGUAGAAACACCAAAUAUUGUUUUUACGAUAGAUUUGUAACGUCUUAUGAUAAUAUUCCAUCAUAAUGUUGCUCAAGUUAUAUUGAACAUUUUGAAGGAUACGAAUAUUUUGAUAAUUAAUUUAGUAACUAGUCAUUUUCUUUUGAAAAUAGCUAGGUAGGAAACGAAGAGAUUCGUAAAAUUUUAAAACAGAUAAACUAUAACAUAGCAUCGUGAGUGUAGGACUGAUUUUAAUCCCCACAAAUUUUCAGUAGCGAGUAAAAUAAAAAAAUGCGAUGUAAUUCGUUUAUUUGGCUCACAAUAUUGUGUGGGACCAUUAAUAUUUGUAAUUUGUCAUAAUAUAGGAAACAUUUUUAGACAAAAGAGUGUACACACAUAUUGUUUUAUUAUGAGUUUACAUAAAUAAUAACUCAUCUGAUUCUUUUUUUAUUUCUUCAUUCUCUUCGUAAUUUGCUCAUUAAAUACAAAUUUUGACAUAUUUGUUUCAUACUUAUUUCAUAAUUAAGUCAUGUACUAAAAAAUGUAAAUGUUGAUCGACAGCUUUUCUUAUUGGGACCCACAAGUUAUAUUCAUUCAAAAAAUAGAUAAUAUUUAUAUCCUUUCGAGUAGGCGAGACUUAUAGCUUUGAUCCCAAAAAUGUUAUCUGUAAGCUCUGUUUUCUGUUUCCUUAAGCUUGUAUUUUUUCAGAGGCUUUUAAAGUUUUCAAAAACUCGUGUAAAUAAGUUGUAAAUAGGUAGAAGCGAGUGAAAUUUAUGAAAUAAACUUCUUACAAUGUAUAAUUGUUUUGAAAUCUUAAAAUACUAAAAGAACACAAUUUUAUAUAAGCUAUUUAUUUAUUAUUCGUAGGGAACUUAGUGACUAUUUAGAUAUACCUGUGUUUAAAUAUAGACGCUUUUUACCAUAAAUUAUGUUAAGCUCCUUGUAAAUAUGUAAAUUCCGUAUGUCUAGUUAUUUGUCAAUACCAUGAAACCAAACCUUUAUAUGUGUAGGUAAUAUAUAUUUUGUUGAAAAUUUGUUUUAUUAAAAGUAUCGAUGGAUAUUGUAAUUGCAUUGUUUUUAAUUUCCAUUCUCAUUAUAACAAAUGAAUGUUCUUUCUAUUGACUCCCCUAAUAAAGUCUGUUUUUAUUAAAA